AUUUAGACCAACCCAGCUGUAUCCACGGCAACCGAAGCAGGAGAGUCACUGGCCUCCCGAUCACAGAGAGUCCCACAAUGUGGCCUGAGAUGUGACCGAUCUUGGGGGUGGAGACAGCUUGAGCCCUCUUCCUGGAUUCCAAGACAUUCCUGCUGAGAAAGCCCAGGUAAGCAGUGCAGCCCACAGGAUAACUGAUGGAGUCCCGCAGGGUCCAUCAGGUACCGGACUGGCUGACCCCGUAGGGUUGACAGCAGCCCUUGCCCCCUCAGUAUGGCCAACAGCACCGGAGAGCCCGAGGAGGCGAGCGGCGCCCUGUCCCCGCCAUCAGCGUCGGCUUAUGUGAAGCUGGUGCUGCUGGGACUCAUCAUGUGCGUGAGCCUGGCAGGCAAUGCCAUCUUGUCCCUGCUGGUGCUCAAAGAGCGUGCCCUGCACAAGGCUCCUUACUACUUCCUGCUGGACCUGUGCCUGGCUGAUGGCAUACGCUCUGCCGUCUGCUUCCCCUUUGUGCUGGCUUCUGUGCGCCACGGCUCCUCAUGGACCUUCAGUGCGCUCAGCUGCAAGAUCGUGGCCUUCAUGGCUGUGCUCUUUUGCUUCCAUGCGGCCUUCAUGCUGUUCUGCAUCAGUGUCACCCGCUACAUGGCCAUUGCCCACCACCGCUUCUACGCCAAGCGCAUGACACUCUGGACCUGUGCAGCUGUCAUCUGCAUGGCCUGGACCCUGUCUGUGGCCAUGGCCUUCCCACCUGUCUUCGAUGUGGGCACCUACAAGUUUAUCCGGGAGGAGGACCAAUGCAUCUUUGAGCAUCGCUACUUCAAAGCCAACGAUACACUAGGCUUCAUGCUUAUGUUGGCUGUGCUCAUGGCAGCCACACACGCUGUCUAUGGCAAACUCCUCCUCUUCGAGUAUCGUCACCGCAAGAUGAAGCCAGUGCAGAUGGUGCCAGCCAUCAGCCAGAACUGGACAUUCCAUGGCCCUGGGGCCACCGGCCAGGCUGCUGCCAACUGGAUCGCCGGCUUUGGCCGCGGACCCAUGCCACCAACCCUGCUGGGUAUCCGGCAGAAUGGGCACGCAGCCAGCCGGCGGCUGCUGGGCAUGGACGAGGUCAAGGGUGAGAAGCAGCUAGGCCGCAUGUUCUACGCGAUCACACUGCUCUUCUUACUCCUCUGGUCACCCUACAUUGUAGCCUGCUAUUGGCGAGUUUUUGUGAAAGCCUGCGCCGUGCCCCACCGCUACCUGGCCACCGCUGUCUGGAUGAGCUUCGCCCAGGCUGCCGUCAACCCGAUCGUCUGCUUCCUGCUCAACAAGGACCUGAAGAAGUGCCUGAGGACUCAUGCCCCCUGCUGGGGCACAGGAGGUGCCCCAGCUCCCAGAGAACCCUACUGUGUCAUGUGAAGCAGGCUGCUAGGCAGACAGGCAGGGAAAAGGUCAUGGCCACCAUGACGGGGGCCCCCAGGAAGGGCCACAUGGGGCCCCACACAGGAGCCUUCUUUUUUUGAGCUCCAGCCCCAGUCCUUAGAACCACCCAGAACCUAGGCACCUUUCCCAGCACCUCCCCAGGGUGGGAGACUGGGAAAGAGAUGUUCCUAGUUUUGUGGGGUCUGUCUCCACCACCUCCUUCUCCACUUUCUACAAUCUCAUUUUCUCUCUCUCUUCUCUCUCUCUCUCUCUCUUUCAGAAGUGACAAUUCA